AUGCAGCAGCAGGCACCGCCGGGGCCGCCGCGGGCUGCGGCGGCGGCGGACGGAGCACCGCAAUUCCCUACCUUGGCUCCAUUCCCGAGCUGCCUGCCGCCGCCGGCAGAGGCGGUCUCUCCGAUCAGCAGUCGCGCGCCGGACUCGGGCAUGGUGAACUUUGACGCGGCUGGGUACGCAAUCGACGAGGAGGCGCUCGCCGGCGGCGCGCCCGGCAACCGCUGGCCGCGGCAGGAGACGCUGGCGCUGCUCAAGAUCCGCUCCGAGAUGGACGCCGCCUUCCGGGAAGCCACAUUCAAGGGCCCCCUCUGGGAGGAGGUCUCCAGGAAGCUAGCGGAGUUGGGGUACAAGAGGAGCUCGAAGAAGUGCAAGGAGAAAUUCGAGAACGUGCACAAGUACUACAAGCGCACCAAGGAAGGCCGCGCCGGCCGGCAGGACGGCAAGGCCUACCGCUUCUUUAGCCAGCUGGAGGCCUUGCAUAACAACGCCGCCGCCGCCGCGCCGACGGGGCAUGUUUCGUUUAGGAUGCAGCCGCAGCCGGUCUCCUCCGUGUCCGUCCCGUUGCUCGGCCCGCAGCAGACAGUGUUAGCCUCUGCUCCUGCGGGCCCGGUGGGGAUUGACGGCUUUGCUUGGAAUAAUUCUUCGUCGUCGUCGUCGGGGCCGGAAUCGGACGACGAGGACACGGAGGAUGACGGCGUGGAAGGGGAAGGAAGGAAGCGGAAGCGUCGGGGCGGGUCGAGGAAGAUGAUGGCCUUCUUCGAGGGGUUGAUGAAGAGGGUGACGGUGCGGCAGGAUGAGAUGCAGCGGCGGUUCCUAGAGGCGAUCGAGAAGCGGGAGCAGGAGCGGAUGAUCCGCGAGGAAGCGUGGCGGCGGCAGGAGAUGGCGAGGUUCGGCCGCGAGCAGGAGCUGCUAGCCCAGGAGCGCGCCUUGGCCGCCUCCCGGGACGCCGCCGUCAUCGCCUACCUCCAAAAAAUCACCAGCGUUGCCCAAACCACAUCGCCUCCCCCGCCACUGGUCUCCGCUGUUGCCCUCGCGACGAUUCCGAUUUCCGUCACGGAGACUCUGCCGCCUACGCCGCAGCCGAUACCUCAGUUGCAACCCACGCCUUCAAAAAAGAAGCCGGCGCCGCCGGCAGAGGAGGGCGGCGUUGGGAGCCUGGAGCCGCCGUUGUCGUCUUCGAGGUGGCCGAAGGCGGAGGUGCACGCGCUGAUCGACCUGCGGAGCCGGCUGGAGGUGCGGUACCAGGAGGCGGGGCCGAAGGGGCUGCUGUGGGAGGAGAUCUCCGCCGGAAUGCGGAGGCUGGGCUACGACCGGAGCUCCAAGCGGUGCAAGGAGAAGUGGGAGAACAUCAACAAGUACUUCAAGAAGGUUAAGGACGGCAACAAACGGCGGCCGGAGGACGCCAAGACCUGCCCCUACUUCCACCAACUGGAAGCCCUCUACCGAAGGAAGCAUCACGGUGAGGCCGGAGUCAUGGCAUUUCCUCCCCCGGCGCCUCCGCCUCCGCCGGCGGCCGAGACCGCCGGAGGAAAUUCUCAGCCACUACUACCAACUAAUAAUAACGAAGGAACAUUGAGAAAGGCGGAGGAAGAGGCCGUGAAAGAUCUGAUGGAGCAAACCCAACGGCAAAGCCUGGACCUCGACGAGUACGACAGCGAGAACAUGGAGCAAGACGACGAAGAAGAUGUCGACGACGAGGAUGACGACGAAGACAGCAAGAUGCAGUACAAGAUACAGUUUCAACAACACAACGUCAGCGGCCCCGGCGGGAGUACUUCGACGGCGGCUCCGCCGCCGUCGGCGCCAGGCUCCUUCUUGGCGAUGGUUCAGUAGCACCACGCCGUUAAUUAAUUCAUCAAUAGCUAUCAUCUUCUAGGUAUAAUUGAUUGGACCUACUGAAUCAAUUUGUUCAAUAUGUAUAUCCAAAUUGGUUGCGGAAUAAAGGUGUCGGAAUGUAUCUCCGGCGAACCUCCUGCGGCGGCGAUGGCCGGAUUAAUGGAGUAAUAAUUAAUUGUGCUUUCAUCGAGAGAGAGAGAGAGAGAGAGAGAGAGAGAGAGGGGAGAUAGAUCAUUUGGCAUCAAUUAAGUGUGUACAUUUAUUGAAACUAAGAAUUAGUUGAUGAUUAAGAGGAAUUUUAGACCAAA